GCAACCCAUCAUGGCUACACAAUCCAAGGACACAGUGCUCGGACUUCCCCAGCGAGAGCAAGGGCAGCUGGAAUUGAUUUCUACUCUGGGAGUUUAUUGUCCUCCACCCUUAUGGUUUAUAUCUGUUCCGUGCGGAAGAUAGUGGGCUUGCACUCUGCUUAUGAUAUCAGUAGGGCUUGUCCUGCAGUUGUACUGGGAAUGUACCUGAUCAAUUAGACCUGUACUCCCCAUCUUUCUUUUAUAUCGCCCUCCCGAUACGUUUGGUGAUAGCCGAGAAAGGAUUCCCGUGUGAUGAGAGAGAUGUCAGCUUGCCACUCACAGAGCACAAAGAGCCUUGGUUCAUGCGCCUCAACCUCGGAGAAGAAGUGCCUGUGGUCAUCCAUGGGGACAACAUUAUUAGUGACUACAACCAAAUUAUCGAUUACAUUGAAGACAAUUUUGUCGGAGAACUUAUCCCCAAAUUGAUACCAGAAACGGGGACAAUUCUCCACUCUAGAGUACUCCAAUACAGAGACAUUUUGGAGAAGCUCCCGAUGGAUGCCUACACACAUGGAUGUAUCCUCCACCCGGAACUUACUACGGAUUCCAUGAUCCCAAAGUACGCCACUGCUGAAAUCCGCCGACACUUGGUCAAUGCCAGCACAGAACUGACAAAACUUGAUCACGAGGAGCCUCAGCUUACAGAGCCAUAUCUCUCCAAACAGAAGAAGCUCAUGGCUAAGAUAUUGGAACAUGACAAUGUGAACUAUUUGAUGAAGAUUCUAAUACAGCUAUCGAUGGUUCUAGAUCAAAUUGAAGCUGAGCUGGAAAAAAGAAAACUGGAAUAUGAAGGUCAAAAAUGUGAACUUUGGCUUUGCGGCCAUGUCUUUACCUUAGCCGAUAUUCUGCUGGGAGCUACGCUACAUCGGCUCAAGUUCCUAGGACUUUCCAAAAAAUACUGGGAAGACGGAAGCCGACCGAACCUCCAGUCCUUCUUUGAGAGAAUACAGAAGAGAUAUGCAUUCCGCAAAGUACUGGGAGACAUCCACAGUACACUGCUAUCAGCCGUCUUGCCCAACGCCUUCCGGCUUGUGAAACGGAAACCGCCAUCAUUCUUUGGGGCAUCUUUCCUUAUGGGGUCAUUGGGAGGAAUGGGCUAUUUUGCUUACUGGUACUUAAAGAAAAAAUACAUGUAAUGACUUACAGUUGGUGUUAGUUUGAUGUCUCUGUGCUAUAUGUGGUAUUAUCAAGCCUAGUAACAGUAUAUGAAAUCUACAAAAAAAAAGUUGCCAUGAUUCCAAAAAUCCGAUUCCUUACUGCUAAUGUUAACAUUCCAUAUUAGGAAACCAAUAGAACAAUAGUGAAGAGAAAAAAAGACAAGGUACAACUGUUCCAUAGGUGAAAAGAAUUGUUGAUAGAUUGUUCCCAUAAUAAUAAGUCUCACUGAGAAGAAAAAAAAUAAGUAGAAUUCAGAGAGUUCCACCAAUUUAUUGAUGCUUUGAAUCUCAAUGACUAAAAAUGUUUACUCUGCUCCCGGUCCAUUAAGGAUGACCAAAACAAGCCAUCGCUGUCUCAAACGUGUUUUUUAUUUCUGCUAUAUAUUUUUUUAAAGGUUUGAAUAGUAAGAAGAGCACAGGAAAAAAAACAACCAUUGACUCCUUUAAAUAUCAGCGAUAAUGGGUUAUUUCUUUUAUUUCGGGGGUGGGGAUAUUUUUGUGAAUUAUUGCAUUGAGAUAUGUGAUUUUUUUUAUUUAUUUUUAUUUUUCAUUAAAUCCGAUAUUUUUAAUUGAGCUUUUUUUUAGAAUGUAUGUAUUUUUGUUGAUACCCCCCUUUUCGAUGCCUUUGAAACAGUUUCAAACGAUUGUGACCAUUUGUCUGAUAUCCUGUUAGUUCUAUGUGACACACAGAAUUUGUUACACAAAGAUUUUGGGGGCUGAUUCCCUCCUUUUUCGGUUGAUGAGUUUUUGUUUGGUGUUUUGUCUGCACAUGAUCAUAAUUUCACAGGGUUCAACACUUUCUUGUGCCUUUUUGUAUGUCAGAAAAAAAAUGAUGAAGUUCUGAGCCAAGAAAGUAUUACAGAUCUUCAAUAAAACUUUGGUGAGAAACCAUAA